UGAAACUUCCAGCGGUCACGACAGUAACCGAUGUUAUCGACCGUGUGGACGGAUGGAAGAGCGAUCAGCUGCUCUCGAAAAGUUAUUUAUUUAUUUUUAACCUCGAUAUUGUUUUAAAUCCCGAUGGCCGAAGCCCGGCGUGAAGAGGAGAGUGAGGGGGAGCGCAGAGACGUGCGGGACACGCGGAACAGGAGCCAGGCAACAGAUCAUCCUGAAAGAACCAAGCCAGAGCAUUUACACUGCAGUCAAGGACCUCUGUCUUCUAUACGCGCUGCUAUAAAACGAUCAAGAACAAACUCUCAGUGUGAACAUACCAGAGACAGGAGGCGUCCAGAGAUCACCAUCGUCUCUGCAGAACCUCUGGCCGGUAACAACUGGUUUCCAGGAACCUCUGUGGUUUUCUCUCCUCCCUCUCAGGCAGGCUGGUCUGCAGGCAUCCAGACUGUCUCACAGCCCCCACCAUCCUAUGACCAGGUGAUUCAAGAGAAGACCCAGGAAGAGCACAUUGUCAAACCCACUGCAGCCCCUCGCCGGAUCACCUGCACCACCACAAGCGCCACACAGACUGACCCUCUGAGGGAAGAUACCACCACCACUGACCCACAGUCAGCUGAGAAAAGAUCUGCUGGUAAAAAGCCACAAAAACCACCAAGGCCAUCACAGCCAAAACCAGCGGACAGAGAACCAGUCACUGAAACUGUUAUACCUCCUGACGGGGAGGUGGGAACAAAUACACCAGAUUCCUCAAACACUGAGGGCCAAAGUGGUGAUAAAACUGAUGUAAAGCAACCCAGCCAAGCAGAUCCCACUCACACAUGCACCAGAUCUGUUACUGUACACUGGGAUAUUCCUACAAAUCAUCCCUCUGCCCCCGCUGGCCCUGCUGAAACUACUCCCUCAACCUCAAAUUCAGAGCCCAGUCAACGCCCCGUUCCACUUCCUCGUACAAAAUCCAGAAAGCAGGCAAUCGCAAAGGAUCAGUCUUUGGUCAAGCUCAGUGAAGAUUGUGACACUGCUCACUCUGAUCUGGAAGAGUUAUCCUCAAAUAAGUAUUUAAAGGAACUAUUAGAGGUUUUUAGUGCAGAAAACCAGUGUGAAGAGAACGGUGACAUCGUUGACCAAUCAGACGAGGCCUCUCAAGGACACGAUGCUGUUGGCGAGAUGAACAACAACACCCACAGUCAACGCAACAUUCGGGCCAGGAUCCAGGCCUUUGAGAGCCACGCCGGUGACGAGGACGGAAGUGCGGCUGAACCGGUCAAACCAGAACCUCGCCCAAGGAAGGCCAGCAUCAGACCUCCAGUUGCUGCUAAACCCUCUGUAGCUUUUAAACCUCAGUUUAACCACAGUGCUGAUGAUGACAAUCAAAACGUCUCAUCCACAGAUCUACCCCAAAACCAUACACUGGACCUCAGACCUCAGCCCCCUAAAAAACCUGUGGGACUGUCCAUAAAAGAUGAGCUAGAGACCUUACACAGCAAGGGGGCCGUCCCAAACAGAUCACGUCCUGUACUGACCAGAGCCAGCAACAUCUAUGAAGAGGAUAUUUCACCAAUUCCUCCUGUACCUCCGGCAAAGCCUGUUAAGGAACCUCUGAAACCCAACCUAAACAUUAACAACCACAACUCAGCCUCCAUGAAAAGUGAUAAUGAGUAUGUGACCAGUCCAACAAAUCACACCGUGGUCAAACCCCAGCGCAAUGUGGACAGCAAUGGAAGCUCUUUCACCAGACAAAAUAUAACAAGGAGGCCGACCACCAUCAGGGUCCCCAGCAGAACUGGUUCAUUCUCAGAUAAUUUUCAGGACAGCCCUCCACCUCUCCCUGUUCAGAAGCCCGUGGGCUCCCUAAACUCCUCAAUCCACCACAAGCAAAGCCCGACACCCGUCCUCCCCUUCCAGGAGUCCUUUGGGUCAGAGCCAUCGCUACCACCUCGGAGGCCCAGUACAACCAAGACCCUCCCACCACGCCCACCUCCAGCCAAAGCGGGCCCGGGAAGACCUCCCCCACCCAGCCUUCAGGCCACAGGUCGAUCCCUUACAGCACCACCGGAGACUUCACCUAAACCCAAGGCACAGAAGCCCCACAGGAAAGGACCUGUCUUACCUCCAAGGCCCAACCCAGGCCACCGUCUCUACAACAAGUACACUCUUGAACUUCCCCAUGGAAUUGCCACAUUUGACUACAAUGGGAGCAACACAGGAGAGCUGUCAUUUCAGAAAAAUGAAGUGCUUCUGCUGCUACAGGAGAUCGACCAUAACAUCUUUGAGUGCCAAGUCGGAGACAUCAGAGGCAGAGUCCACAAGUCUCGCAUGAAGGUCAUAACUCCUCUUGCCUCAGACAUGUCCCCACCACAGGGUGCCAGACAAACUGCUUCAGGCGGAGGCGGUUAUGGGCAAAAGGUGCAGGCCGUGCAUGACUUCAUCCCAGAGGGUCCAGGGGAGCUCGGUCUGAGAGCAGGAGAUGUUGUGACCAAUGUGGAGCAGGUGGACAGUGAGUGGUGCAGAGGCACUUGUAGGGGAUCUACUGGUUUCUUUCCUGUCAGUUAUGUCAAAGUCCUGUCAGAUUCACCAAAAACCCUCCCUGCCAGAAAACCAAAGCCACCAUCAGCAACAGCCAGUGGUCCGCGAUGUGUGGCAAGGUUUGACUUUGAGGGGGAGCACAGUGAUGAGCUGUCAUUCUCUGAAGGGGACGUGAUCCAGCUGAUGGAGUACAUUGGACAGGAGUGGGCUCGGGGACAGAUCGGCAGCUUAAGUGGAAUUUUCCCCCUUAACUUCGUGGAGGUCAUUGAAGAUCUGCCUCCACCUCCGAGUCAGCAGCAGACAAAGACACAACCCAGCAGGAUAGCACUGCCUGGCAUGGUGGCAUCUUCAAAUGCAAACCCUGAAGUUGCCAAACCUGCUCAGGUGUCUCAGUCCAGUGUGCAGUGGGUGGUGGCUCUGUAUGACUAUGCCGGGAAGUCAGAGAACGACCUGUCGUUUCAGCAGGGCGACUGCAUCCUGAUCACCCAGCACAUUAACGCUGAAUGGAGCUGUGGCAGGCUCAAUGGCAGAGAGGGAAUGUUCCCCACGGCUUUUGUUGAGAGCACCACAGCCUCAGCAGGUCAGCAGUCAUCUAGCAGCCAGAACGAAGCUGCGGUUGGUGGGAGAGGCAGGGCGCUGUAUGACUUCACAUCAGACUGUGAUGAGGAGCUCUCUCUGCAGAUUGGGGAUAUUAUAACCAACCUGGAGUCUGUUGAUGAAGAAUGGUUCCUGGGUGAUCUGAGGGGGAAACGGGCCCUAGUCCCUAAAAACUAUGUGCAAGUACUGGGAUAACAACAUGUAGCAUUUAGCUCAGAAAAAGGGGGACAUCGUUGGACGACCAGAAGUGAAACUGGAUCUGAGCACAGACGCUUACAGCAGCAGAAGUCUGAAGUGAACUGCCUUUAACUGGAAUUCAGUAUUUCAUCUCCAAGUAGUGCAACAUCUUUUAUCAUCUGCAGCAUUAACUUGAAAUGAAGUGUUCACUGAAUAAUUUAUCAUGGUUAUGAAUAAAUAAAUAUUAGAGAAAAGCUGGCUGGCAAUGUAAAUACCCUGCAUUUUGAUUUUCCAGCUAUCUGUAUUUUGUAUUCUUCAUCAUUUGCUCCAUCUAGUGGUUUGUCUCCACAUUUCCCUUUCUUUACAAAGUUAUUCAAGUUACAGUUUCUCCAUUACAUAUUGUACAAAAUGUGAUGAUUACCUGAAGAUAUGUAUAUGUCCUUCUUUUCCUUCAUAACCUUAUGUAUGAUUACAUGACAACAUUCAAAUAAAGGAAUAUUUACUACUUCUGUGGAAUAAAAUACUACCAAAUUAGGAUUGCAAA